GGCAACCGCUACAUUUUAAAAAGUUGCAGGUAUUUUGGCUCAAGAUAAACGGAUUUAUCACAUUGUUUACCGUGCAUGAAUUGUGAGCCAUGGAUCCUGGUAAGUGUCAUGCAUUGCUGAGCUGGUUACGGGCAGUGGUUCCUGGAUCUAACGUGAAUUCUUUAGCAGAACUGAGUGAUGUCUCUCUCCUCUUCGACAUUGUCCUUCUCAUUGAUGAUACAUACAAGACAGAGAAACCACAGUCACCAUAUCUUCGCUGUAAACAUGUCAGCAGAUUCUUUGAAGGUUUCUUUAGUGUGAAGGAUGUACAAAGCAAAAUUGAUUUUAGCAACAUCAUCACAUCAAGCUCUGUAGGCAGUGACUUGGACAUAGCUAAGGUUAUCCUAUUGCUACUAGUGGCCUCAUUCCAAUGUGAUGAGAAAAGUGGCAGGCGUCAAACAUUUGUGAAGGCAGCACUCAGCCUUGAUGUUAAGGAUCAGUUGGAAAUAAAGCAGAUCAUUGAGUCUGUCGUUCUGGACUCGAAGAAUUCUGAGUUGCCACAUGGGUUUGAUAGUGUCUUGGCUGCAAAAUUAGAAUCAGAUGGAAGAGUUACCCCAAUAGCUCAAGCAAAAGGGUUCCAACAGAAAGAUGGUCGGUGUACGCCACGAGUGUUCAGUUAUUCCCCAAUGACUCCUGGUAUGUCUCCUGUUAAGAUGAUGCUAGAGUCCCCACAAAUGCAGGCCAAGGUGGCUUCUAGAGAAAGAAGACAGCUUGAGAUGUUGCUAAGGCAAAAAGACCAACAUCUUCAAGAAAAAUCUGACAUGAUCAAGAAGCUUGAAGUAGAACUACAAGGGCAGGUCCACCUUAAUGAAGACCUUGAGGAAGAUCUCGCUGCCAAGGCCAAAGAGCUGAAGGACAAGACAGAGGCUGUUGAGAGAAAAGCUCGUCAGCUGACUGAGCUUCAAUUGAGAUUAGGAAACAACGAAUGCCUGAGAGAAGAGUGCUCAUCACUAAAACAAGACAAGCUUAAUUCUGAGACAGAGCUACAAAGUUUGAAAGGUAAAAUGCAGCAGUUUAAGGAAUACAAAGAACGCUGUGCUGAGCUUGAACUGGAAAAUUCAAAUGUGUACGCAGAGAAAGAUCAGUUGAUGGAAAAGCUAAGAGUUACUCAGAGUCUCAAUGCUGAACUGGAGGAGUACAGUAGCAAAUGUGUCAGGCUACAGCAUGAGCUUGUUGCAACAGAGCUGAUAAAGGAACAACAUGCCACUGAAUUGGAAAAGGUUACUGGAGAGAGGGAUGUUGCACUCAGUGAGAUUGAAAGAACAAAACAGAGGUGUAAAGAAAGGAUUGAAGAGCUUGAGGAGCUGUAUGCCCAACAACAAGGUAACUCUGGUGUGAGCAGCAAUGGUGGCGAGUGCAUGUCUAAAGUUACACGUAAACAAGUGGCUGAACUAGAGAUGGAGCUCUAUGAAGUGAAGAACUCCUGGCUCAAUCCAACCAUGAAGGAUGCCCUUAAUGCAGACCUUGAGACUCUACGUCAAGUCAGACUAGAACAUUUGGAGAAGAUUAAUGAAUACCAAACCACACUUUGCCAACAAGAUAAGAUAGCUCAACAGAUGGAAGCUGAGCUUAAUGAGAGUAAGAACAAUAUCACACAACUUCAAGAUGAUCUAAGAAACUUGCAGGAAACUAGCGAGAAGACCAUCAAUGACAUGAAGACCUCAGUAUUCCAAUCCAAGAGUUUCUCCCAAGAGCAGGAAAAGAAAAUCCAUUUCUUAGAGGCGGAAAUGAAGUUUGUUCAGAAUGAAUCACAGGAGAAAAACAAAGCCCUGGUGUCUGUUCAGUCUGACUUGAAAGCUUUGAGAGAGGAAAAGGAGAAUGUAAUCAACUCUUUGCAGUCUGAGUUGAAAUAUGUGAGGCAAGAGAAAGAAAACACAAUCCAGGCUCUUCAGUUAGAAAUAACAUCUGUAAUACAAGAAAAAGAAAACACAAUCCACUCGCUUCAGUCUGAAUUGAUGUCUGUAACACAAGAAAGGGAAAAUGCAGUCAACUCUUUACAAUCUGAAUUGAAAUCUGUAACGCAAGAAAAGGAAAACUUAAUCUGCACUCUUCAGUCUGAAUUGAAAUCUGUAACACAAGAAAAGGAAAACUCAAUCCAUGCUCUACAAUCUGAUUUGAAAUCUAUAACACAAGAUAAUGAAAACACAAUCCACUCUCUGAAGUCUGAAUUGAAAUUUGUAACACAAGAAAAGAAAAACACAAUCUAUUCUUUUCAAUCUGAAUUGAAAUCUGUAACACGAGAAAAGGAAACUGCAAUCCAUUCUCUACAGUCUGAAUUGACAUCUGUAACACAAGAAAAGGAAAACAUAAUCAAUUCGCUUCAAUCUGAUUUGAAAUCUGUAACACAAGAAAAAGAGAGCAAGAUCCAGUCUUUGCAGUGUGAGCUGACAUCCCUGACACAAGAAAUGGAAACUGCAGUUCGUUCUCUCCAGACAGAGUUGAAAGCUGUAACAUUGGAAAAGGAAAACAUAAUUAAUUCCCUUCAAUCAGAAUUGAAAUCCGUAACACAAGAAAAGCAAAAUGUUAUUCACUCACUACAGACAGAGUUGAAAUCAGUAACGCAAGAAAAGGAAAUGGCAAUGGGCUCCCUCCAGUCAGAGUUGAAAUCCGUGAUGCAAGACAAAGAAAAUACAAUUGAUUCCCUUCAGUCGAAUUUGAAAGCUGCGAUACAAGAAAAGGAUAAUGCAGUUGACUCCCUUCAACUGAAAUUGAAAACUGUGACUGAAGAAAAUGAGAAUACUGUUUGUUCCCUUAAAACAGAGUUGAAAACUGUCAUUGAAGCAAAUGAAAACACAAUUGAAUCCCUGAAGACACAGUUGAAAUCUGUGACUGAAGAAAAGGAAAAUACAAUUGAAUGCCUUCAAUCAGAUAUAAAGUCGUUCCAAGCUGAAAUUGAGCAAAAACAAACAGAACUAUUGAACUUAGAGGACACAAGUAGUAAAUCCAUAAAUGAUUUAAACAAUGUCAUCGUUCAGUUGAAGAGUGCUUCAGAGGACAAUGAAAACAAAAUAUCUUCCUUACAAGCAGAUUUAAAAUCUUUACAGACUGAGUCGCAGGAAAAAAACAUGAUGUUCCAGUCAACUAAUUCAGAAUUAAAAGCAUUGUCGCAGGAGAAGGACUUAACAAUAACGGCUCUACAAACGGAGGUGAAAACUUUGCAGGUUUUGAUGCAGGAAAACACAUCGUCUCUUCAAACUGAACUACAGACAGUGUUACACGAUAAAGAUGUAACGAUAAAUUCCCUUCAAGCCAAAAUAAAAUCAUUGUUAACAUCGUUGCAAGAAAAUGAAGCAACCACAAACAGCCUCCAGACAAAGAUCCAGACACUGUCACAAGAGAAUGAGCUGAAAAUGAGCUCUCUCCACGCAGAGCUGGCAUCCUCACAGACACAGAGCAUGAAUCAAGUCACAGAACUGCAAGAGGAGAUGAGGAAAAUGGAGAAAGCGAGCAAUAAAUCAAUAAAUAACCUGAAAACCGCGAUGCUGCAGUUCCAGAGUCUUUCACAGGAAAAGGAAAAGAAGAUAACCUCCCUACAAGCUGAGAUGAAAUCUUUAGAAAGUGAAUUGAGUGAAAAGGAUGAGACAUUAGUUUCUGUACAGUCUGAAUUGAAAUCUGAGACUGAAGAAAAGGGUAGCAUUAUAGAAUCACUGGAAACUGAAUUAAAGGAACUAUCUCAAGAAAAGGAGAACAAUAUUCAGGCUCUUCAUACACAAUUGAAAACACUUUCCCAAGAAAAUGAGAACACUGUUGAUUCACUUCAAACAGAGAUAAAAUCAUUGAAAGCAUCGUCGCAAGAAAAGGAAGCAAACAUAAAUAACCUCAAAUCUGAACUGCAGACUAUAUCGCAAGAAAACGAGCUGUCGAUAAGCUCUUUCCAAGUUGAGAUUAAAUUGUUACAAGCUUCCUUACAAGGGAAGGAUGUAAAUACGAAUUCAGUUCAAACAGAGCUGAGAUGUCUCCAGACUCAAUUACAAGAAAAGGAAUCUCUAAUAUCCUCCCUUCAAAAAGACCUAACAGCCAACUCGGUUAAUCAUGAAAAAACUGUUGCCGAAAUUGAAAACCUUAAUAUUGAUAAUCAUGCCAAAUUAAUGGCUGCUCAUGCAAACACUGUUGCUGAAUUGGAAGGAAAAGUAGAGGCUGCAAUGAACUCUCUUAACCAAACUAACCAGCUAUUAGCCACGAAGGAGGACAUGUUGGCUAAAUCGCAGGAGGAAUAUAACCAAAUCCAAGUAAAGAUGAGUGAACAGUUGGACCGUCUUGGAGAGGAGCUGAAGGUGACAAGAGAAGGCAUGUAUACACGUAUGGAGUUGGACAAUGAAAUUGACAAAUCAGUCAAGGCAGCGCUACAGGAACAGCAAAUUGAAUUUGAAAGCACAAUGAAAAGGGCUCUUAUUGAAAGAGGUGACACUUUACAGAAACGUUACCAAGGCACCGCUGCUGCUCUACAACAAUGUCACCAGGAUGAGACUGUUGCUUUAAAUCAGAAACAUAAUGAACAGCUUGAGAAGAUGGAGGCUGAACACCAGAAGAUCCUUGAAGAAACUAUUAAAUCUGAAGAGAAAUACCAAGGACUACUUGCCAAGCUCUCAGAAAAGGAGAAGAACAUCAAAGAGACAAUGGAGCUGAUUGGACACUACAAAGAUAGGUACAACAUCAACAAGGAGAGAGUCAUCGAGCUAAAUGAAGCCAACAAUAAACAACAAGAAGCCAUUAACACUCUGCAGAACAGGGUUGCAGAGUUGCAGAAACAAAAUGGCGGCAAACAGGAAGCCACGCAGCAGUUGACUUUGUACCAGGGCAAAUACGAAAAGGCUAAAGAGAAAUGUAGAGAGUUAAUGGACCGUAUGAAUGAGAGAGAGAAACAGCUUGCAGACAAUAAAGAGCUUAUAGGGCAAUACAAGGAGCACUACAACAAGAAGAAAGAGACCAUUAGUGAGCUAACAGGAGCUAAUGAGAAGAUGGAGGGAACCAUAGAUGCACUGAAACUUGAGAUAUCACAAGCAAAGGACCAAAUUGCUCAGUUGAAAAAGCAGCUAGAAAAUGAAAGGAAUAAAAAACAAACAUUGAAUGACUCAUUGAUGUCCAACCUAAAUGACAUGUCCCUGGAGACACCUGUCAAUCAGAGAACCGCCUCAAGGUUGGAUGACACUUUCAGAGCACCUGGUCCUUCAGCUAAGGAAUGCAAGACGCCACAUUGUCCAUCUCACUGGAGCAAGCAAGACCUAAAUGUGAGUGACUUAAGCAGUAUCAGCGGCACAUCAAUGGCCAGAGGCAACCUCUCUGCUCACUACAGCAUGAACACUACCGGAGCUAGCUUCUUGUCGACCAACCAAGUUCCAGUUGGAGCUGGUUCAUUCUUUGGCAUUGAAGAUGAACCAUAUGACAGUGGAUUUGGUAGACUGGGUGAACUCCAGAGGCGAAACACACUCUGCCUCCCACACCAGAGGACAGCUUAUCCAACAGAGGUGAACAUUAAAGACAAGCAGAAAGUGACUGAGGAUGAACUACGUUCUGGUCGGCCCUCUGAUGUACACGCUCUCACCAGUAAGAGCCAAAGCCAAUUAAACACCACUAAAACCAGGCAUAGCACAAGGGCCUCUCCUGAAGACAGACCCACUGUGAAUAAGUCUGGUCCCUCAACCCCAGGGGUGCGUUACUUACCUAAAUACGCUUCCCAGAAGUCAAGUGGGCCAAGGACACGUCGUAAUCCUAAUGGAGUGUUGACUCCCAUACGUCAAGUUAUCUCUGCCAACACACCUGGGAGCUCUGGUAGAAAGAGGCACAGGACAGGCCAAGGAAAACAGGCUACGCCUAAUAAACGUGCAAAACCAUCAACCGACAAUGAUUUUAUUACUAAGGAUAAGAAAAAGGGAAUCAAGUUCGACAUUGGUUUUUCCCCCUUGAGAAGAAGCAUGAGAGUAGUGAGGCAGAAGACAGGAGACAAGGCCCAUAACUCUAGAAAACCCCUUGGGAGCAGAAAUUAGCUGAACGAAUGUAACCACAAAUCAGAUCUGAAGUCUACCAUGUGGCUUCUUACUAGCACAAACAUACAUGCAUACAACCCAUCGAAGUUCAACAUAACAAUUACUGGAAAUACAAUACAUUAGUACAGAUAUAUUGGAUGCUUCUUGAGGAAAUUAACAUAAUGGAAUAUAUGGAAUAAAGCCCAUUUAGGAUUAUACAUGUUAUAUAGGGAUUGAACAUGGGGACUUAUUGUAUGUAUUGCAUACACAUAAAUGCCAGUGAAGGAGUGUACUAGGGAAACCAUAAUACAGUCAGACAGUCAGGACAUUGUUUUGGAUACAGUAUGAGUAGCGCAAUACCAUUGAUUCAUGGAUAAAGUAUGAGUAUCUCAAUACCAUUGAUUCUGGAUGUGAUCAACUAUAAAUGUGUUCAAUUUGACAGAGGUCAUUGUGCCUUUAUCUAGAAACAAGCCAAAAUUACAACAACAAAAAA